AUGCCGUCCUUCUUCCUGGCGGUGCUGAUCCUUGGCCUCCCCCUCAAUCUGCUCUCCCUCUGGGUCUUCUUCCACCGCCUGCGGCGCUGGUCCCGCAGCACGGUGUUCCUCUUCAACCUGACCCUGGCUGACACCUCGUGGCUGCUGGCCUUGCCUUACCUCAUCAACUACCAUCUGGACCACCUGUACUGGAAGCUGGGCCUGACCUUCUGCGCGGCCGUGAGGAUGUUCUACCACAACUACUUCUACCUCAGCAUCUUCUUCGUCACCUUAAUCAGCGUGGACCGGUACCUGGCCAUCGUGCACCCGCUGCGCUCCCUGGUGCUGCUGGGCCGGAGGCAGACCUGCCUGCUGUGUGUGGCGGUCUGGGUGGCCGCUCUGAUCCUCAGCAUACCUGUUGCCACCAUGACUCUGAUCCAGACUUGCCCCGGGAGCAACCGCACAGUCUGCACCCUAUACAUACUGCUGAGUGAGACCGGGGAGAGCCUCCCUUAUUCCCUCUUCUGCUCCCUCAUUGGCUUCCUCUUCCCGCUGCUCUCCAUCUGCUACUGCGGCCUGCACAGUGUCAGAGAGCUGCGCCACCGGUCCUGCCGCCCCGACCCGCACAACAAGCAGCGACGGCUCCGGCGGGUGCUGAGCGCAGUGCUGGUCCUCUUUGCGCUCUUCUACCUGCCCUACCACCUGAGCCGAAACGCGGCCAUCGUGAUGCGGGUGGUCUACCCCGACAACCCGGCGUCCUGGCACAAUGCGGACCUGGCCUUCGCCCUGGAGAUGUGCUUCUGCAGCAUCAUCACCUGCGUUAACCCUCUGUUCAGCUGCUUCAUAGGAGGCCAGUUCAGGAAGGAGUUUCACGGCACGUUUGCGGUCAUAUUCUCCCACUGUCCGGGUACGCAGGUGGCCUCUAUGAUAUCUAAGCGGACCCGGAUGAGGACAAAGCAGGGGAUGUCGACUGUAUCACCUGUGUGCGCACUGCCCGCGCCUCGAUCCCAGUGAGCUGUGCACAUGUAAAGUGAUAAUACUCUUUGUCUAUU